UCUACCGUGCAGCCGUUGCCCGCCGUCGACGUCGGCGUUGCCCCGGUACGCCGCUUUGGAGCGUAGCAACGGCCGCGCGCCGCGGAACCCGGGUGUGCGCCGCGGGGCCGCGUGCCAUCACCGUCUACGAUAUUCGCGUGCGCGCCAGGGGCUAGCAACAGCUCGUCGCGGCCAGUGACAACAUUUAUUUUCGAUACGAUCGCGAACGGACAGGGGGAGAGCGAGAGAAAGAGAGACGGAAGGAGAGCUGUGUCCGCGAACUGCUGCAACGCAAGCUGCGGGGUGUCCGCGAGUGCACGUCCAGGACAGCUAGCGUGAGCAGGUUUUGGAUAAACUCGCUUAUUGAAAAACAAAAAAAAAUGGUGUCGACACGUCAAUCAAGUAACAUGGGAAGUAGCGGUGGCAGUGGAUUGGUUGGUGAAAUAGAAGUAAACUCGUUAAAAAAGCAACCUUCUGUAACAGCUGGCACAUCCAAUAAUGGGGCCACUAUUGAAUCGCGCAACUUGAAUCUCUUGGAUUUACCGGUCGAAGUCCUUGAGAAAAUCUUUGGUUACCUAGGCUUCAACAUGGUAGCGCAUAUGCGUUUGGUUUGUCAUCAACUGGAUCGCAUUUGUGGAUCAAUGCUGAACUCUACGUUUCAAAAGCUGCAAGCUCAAAUGUUGAGCCGUUUUCAGGCUAUCAAGGCGCAAAUGCCGAGGCGCGAGUCCGCGCGUCGGAAUCAUCCGCUAGCAUGCGAGUCUGAUAUUAUUGAAACUCUACAUAUGCGACUAACCCUACUGCAAAUGAGUUUCGGCAAACACAUUGAACGCAAGCAUUGCUGUUUUUUCCCUGGCGAAAUUUUAGAUGAAGUUUAUCGUAUUCUCCAUUAUAUAAAAGUUACUCCGAAAUUACAAAGACCUUACAAAGUCACAGACGAAUUAUUUGAUCUGAGCACUAUGGCUAUGGAAUAUUUCAAGGAACACAUUGAACCAACAUUACCAGAAAUACCUUACUUCGGUGCCGACUUUCUGGAUCUUGCAGGAACAUUCUCUUCUUCUAGUAGCGUGAGUAAACCAUUUAUGUGCCUGGAUUCCACACCUUUGACCAUUGGAAACGGAAAAACGGGUAAUGCCGGUGAAGAAGAAGGUUCUUCGUCGCAUUGCUCAGACGAUCCCGCUCUUUUGGAAUCCAAUGUAUCACCACCACAAUCGAACAUGGUUUUGCGAAAACGAAUUCGAAAGAUCAAACAAGGCAUGAGACGAUACAACAGUCAGUUAACAUUGAUGCGCAGGGAUUUAAAGAGUUGCAAAGCGAAAAUUGCGGAUCAACAGAAACAAAUUGUAGAAUAUGCUACUCGAUUGGAUGAUAAUGAUAAGAAGAAUGAAGAGACGUCACGAAAAUUCAGCACACUUUUACAGGAAUUAAAUAAGUGUAAAACUGAGCUACAAUAUUGGCGCUCCAAGUCCCCAGCAAUACCAGUAUGUGUGGGUUGUGGUCAGUCAAUGCCAGUCCCUACAGAAGAUUUACAAGCUUUAGCCAAUCAAGGAGUGCUGCCAGAUGCAUUUGGCGAAGGGCACGAUUUCAUUCCCAUUGCGGAUGCCCACAGUCCCACCGAAGUGGUACAGCAAUCCAUAGUUACGCAAUCUCCGUCGACGCCGAUAGUGGAUAUGGCACCUCCAAAGGCUCCCGUGCCUUCAAUAUCUUUUAAACGGAGAUCUAACGUGGAAGAUACGUCGGGCGAUGCCGCGAAAAAAUCACGUCGCACUGCCAAGUCUCGUCAGGCUAAGCGCUCAAAAAUAUAAAUUGAUAACACUGAUUAUGGUACAAACAUAUUCAAUCUUUGAUGGAUUUCCGAAGAUAGGAACUUUCUAUAUUGUUUACGCGCGUUUCUUUAUGUCAGCAAGCCGAUAUGAUCUUAGAAGAGUACAAAAUUCCUCACCGAACGUCCUGCAUCUCGCGCAACGAACAUCAUUUUGAAAAUUUUAGCUGUAUCGAUUGCCGCGAUUGUCAAGAACGCUCUUUCUUUCUCUC